UACUGAAUUUUGGUUUCAUCAAUUUUUCUACAAAAAUUCACAAAUUCAUAUAUCCGCAAGAACUGAAAUUGGAUACAUCAGUGCGAGAACCCACCUUUGAAGAAAUGGUGAAAGCGGUAAAUGAAGAAUUACCUAAUCUGCCACUGGAGCUUCAUGUGAAAAAUCGUUACAGAGGUUUUCGUUUAAAUACCACAUGUGCUCCAUAUCCGGAAGUACUUGAAAUACAGUUCCAUAAUAAUUUUUAUCAACACUACAGUAAUAAGAAUAUAACAUUUGAAUUGUUUGCUGCAUACUAUGAUAAUCGCACCGAUAUUCCAAAACAUCCCGUAGUACGCAUUUUUGCGAUGAUAAACCAAAUUGAAGAGAAAUUCAAUACGAAUUACUGCCAAUUCUGGUUCGAAUCACAAAAGGAACCUGUGAUUGUGCCAAUAACUGAAUAUUUAGUUGUAUGGAUUAAGGGUUGGGGAAAUAAAUUUAAUCACUUGUAUCCACAUAUGUUAACCUGUAUACUGCCUAAAGAGAAAGCUUCCGAAGCACCACGAAGUAUAUCCAUUGUAAAUAAAGAGUGUGAUAAAGCUACAAAUCAUUUAAAAGUCAUCUAUGAACCACCAUUAGGCAAAAGAAAGAAAGGUGGUUUCGCGGUUUGUGUUAAGGGUUUCAUGUUUCCAUUUGCAGAUAUAUCCGCACGCUUGGUGGAGUGGAUGGAAAUGAUGCGAAUACUAGGUGCCCAAGAAGUUAUUGCUUACUCACUUGCUGUACAUCCAAAUGCAACAAAAGUGAUUGAUUAUUAUAAGAAAAAGGGUUUUCUUAAGGUAUAUCCAUAUUCUUAUGCACGCGGUGAGCCGGUCUUUGCUAAUUUCCAGCGUUACAUUAUGAAGGAGGAUUAUCUGAAUAUGAUAUUAAACGAAAUGUUUCCAUACAACGAUUGCUUUUAUAGGAACAUAUAUAAAUAUGAUUAUGUGGCGGGUAUUGAUAUUGAUGAAGUGAUUAUGCCACUUGGUAAUUGGACAUCUUGGUAUGAUAUUGUUGAAUAUGGUGAGAAAUUUAAAAGUCCCAAUUGUAAAACAUUUGCUGGUAUCUUGCAAACAAUAUUCACACCCGAAGAAGGUAUCUCAUCUAUUCUAACGUAUGAACUUUAA